AAAAAUGGCGUAGUUUGUUAAAUGUCAGUGUUGUGAAAAUGUAAAAUAAAUAAAAAUGUUUAGACUCGUAAGAAGUGUUUUUAUAUGCCUAACUGUUCUUCUCCUUAUCAUAGAAACAUGCUCAAGCGACCCGCAGCCGCCAUUCUUAGCCCUCCACAGUCCAGGGGACACCGAGUAUAUAGAUAUUAUCGUGCGACAGGAACAUGAUAAUUUGACUCUGGUCUGCGAGGUGCGGGGGGACACGACGCCGAGGGUCUAUGUGUGGAACUAUGUGAAUGACAACGGGACGGAUAGAGGCAGACCUUUCAGCAUAGAGCCGGCCGGGGGGGCAUCGGUGAGCAGUAAGCUGGAACGGACCAAUCUGCAGGUGUCAGACAGCGGUCACUACAUGUGCUCCGCGCCGCCGUUCAGCAGCACGCUGUACAUACUGGUGCAACCUCGAGGCCCGUCGUACUGCGCGCGCGGCGCGUUCUGGUGCGGGCCGCGCUGCGUGCUGCCGGCCUACGUGUGCGACGGCUGGCGCGACUGCCUGCACGCCGAGGACGAGGCGCAGCCCUUCUGCCCGCCGCAGCCCUGCAGCCGUAACGACAAGCUGAACUGUUCAUCCGGUCGCUGCAUCUCGGAGUCGGCGUGCUGCCGGGCGGGCUCCGCUCUGUGUCGCGAGCCGGCGUGCUGCGCCGAGCACCGCUACUCCACGCUGGCGGGUUAUGUAGAAGUCGAGUUUCCGCCUUUAUUUGAAGAUAGGCACGCACCAGACGAUUACGGGUUCAUACAGUCAACUAUAUACACGGUCACCGCGUGCGCGCUGAUCUUCAUGAUCGCGGUGGUGCUGCUGGUGUCGGCGCUCUGCAAGAUGCACAUGAAGCGCGCCGCGCUGCGCGGGUACGCCGCCGCGCACCGCGACACCGCGCACCACUACGCCGCCCGCUACCCCCCGCGCUACGAAGCGGCCGCGGCCAGACUGCUGGAGCCCGGCGCCGCCAGCCCCGUCCGCAGCCCGCAGGCCACCUCCGAAGCCGGCAGUCCAACUACACCUCAGUCACCGAUCGAGGCCAACGACGACCCCGCUUGCAACGGGGGCUUCGGACUCUCGAGACUAUCCGCUAUAUUCUGCUCCAGGUAUAGACAGGUACCCACGCAAUGCUGUGACGUUGAAAUGACAGACGUCAGGUCCGCCUCGCUGACCAACUCGCCGACGAACCGUACUCGAACCCUCGACUACCGUUCGCCGACGUACUGCGACACCGACAUGUACUUCACCAACCCGGACCUGACGGCGCGCGAGCUGAACUACAUGGCGACCCCGAUAGAGUUCCUCAGGCGGCGAACGUUCAGACGGAACACGAUCGACAGGGUCAUGGACCAGCUGUCCGUUCAGCGGCCCCUGACGUUACAGCUAGGUAGGUUCCAACUAAGCAUACCUAGGUUCGGGAGGCGGUCCGAGGAGCCUAGGCCGGAUACGCCGAACGUGGCGGAAAUCAACAUAGAUGACCUUGAGUUCGUUAGGCUACACUCGCGGGAAACGUACACGCUCAACGGUAGGACGAUAAGAUUGCUCGGAGCUAAUUUCGAGAACUACCCAGUAAUGGACAGCUCACGGCCCCCCCCUUACAAUGAGGCAAUGCGAUACAAGUACGGUCCCCCCCCUGAGUAUUUGAGCAGGGAGGGGAUUAACGGGCAAGGUAACACCGAUUGUACGGAGAACGAGGCAAGGAGCAAUGUAGAAAUGCCACCGUGCUACGAGGACCUAGCAUCCGGUGUCGACUCUAAUGCGAAUAUCGAUAAUUUGACGGUCAAUGUCAUCGAUAUAUCCGAUAAUUCGAAUAAUAACGUAACCUCUGUUGAUAUAGUUGAUAAUUCAAAUGUUGACAAUAAUUUUAAUUCAGACAACGAUAAUAAUAUGCUCGUUAAUACUGUUAAUUCUGUUAAUUCGGUUAAUCCCGUUAACACGGCUAAUUUAAUUGACGAUAGUUCGGUUCCCGAGACAAUAAGUUCCGUUAUCGAUAACUUGCCAGCUAUAGAUAGUGAUGUGAACGCAAACGAUAGUUACAACGAAAUUGCGUAGCGUUAAAAAAAAAAUAUUUCGAUAUGUUUUCUAAGUGAUUUUAUUUUUUAAGUGUUAUAUAUAAUUUGUUAUAUGUUAUUAUUAUAUUAUAUAUAUAUAUUAUAAUCAUUUUUCUACAAAAAAAAAGUGAUGGUCUCAUAAUAUCAUCAUAUAUUCUUGCGUUCGUUCGUAUAUUAUGCGCUCGCGCAUAUUAGAUCAUAGAUUUAGUUGAUUUCUCAAACGUCAUUGGUCUAUGGUAGCUGAUGACCAAUCAGCGUCCAGUGUUUUGCUAGAUUAGUUUAAGAACAGAUUAUAUAAAGGUCGGAUUUUAAUUGUGUUUUCACUGUUAUAAGAGAAUUGUCUUAAAUGAUUUUGUAUAAAGCUAAACUAUAUACAAAAUUAUAUAAAAUCUGACCCGAGUUGGUAACAAAGAAUUGUCUAUAUUAUACAUUAUACACAAGUAAAGUAAUAAACUUAAAUAUAUGUAAUUCAAGUAAGCUCGUACAAGCAAUUUUUAUAUGUCAUUAUAAAAAUAAUAUUAAAUUUAAUUAAAUAAGGAACGAGAUGAAUCAACAAAUAAAUAAUCAGUUUGUUAUUUCUUUAAUGUUUUUUUAUAAUAUAUAAUAUAUAUUUUUUUUUAAUUGGCAAUAAAAACAUAAUCAUUAAAAUUAAGAAAUAUUCAAUAUAAUUAUUACUCUUUCGUAUUUUGGUAUAUUUAUUAUAAGUGAUAUUUGAAUUUGAUAUUCAAUUAAAUGAAAUUACAAAUCAUUUAUUCAACAUAGAAGGAUUAUUAGUUUAUUGUUUGUCAAAUUAGAAACUGCAAACGGUUUGGUUAAGAAAUUACUUGAGAAGAACUGAUGAAAUUCAACGGGUUUUUUAAAUGUGUUCAAAGGAAAUAGCCAGGAGACGAUCGUUUCAUUCUUAAUUUGUGCUAUUAUCCAUGAACUCAACUUUAUAAUAAGCUUUUGCAUAAAAGCAAAUAUAUAUAUUGACGAGCCGGUUGGCGUAGUGGGUUCUUGCCUUUCACGCCGAAGGUUGUGGGUUCGAUUCCCACUCAGGAUAGACAUUUGUGUGCAUGAACAUGUCUGUUUGUCCUGAGUCUGGGUGUAAUUUUAUAUAUAUAUAAGUAUGUAUUUACAAAAUAAAAGUAGUAUAUGUAGUAUAUCAGUUGUCUGGUUUCCUAGUACGAGCUUUGCUUAGUUUGGGUUCAGAUGGCCGUCUGUGAAUAAUGUCCCCGGAUAUUAUUAUUAUUAAAUAUAUAAUAAAACCGAUAUAGCUCAGUGAAUAAAAGGUGUAGAUUUAAUUCAAAUAUAUCAAAUAUUUCUUAGUUUUUUUUUUAUCUGCUAACGUUACAUAAACGUAACAGGUAUGUGUCAGGAAAUCUGUGUUGAACCGAAUCGUUUUUAAUACGUAUGACCUUUGUCCAACAGUGGGAUUUAUUGUUUUCAAAUUAUUUUAUCGAUACAAUGCCUUAAACAAUGGAUGUACUAGUCAAUUUUUAUUCCAGCUUUAAUAUAAUUCUUUAUUUUCUAAAAUAACCCUUACACAUAUUAUUAUAUACCACAAUACAAUAACGAACUUUAAUAAUUAUUUGAUAUAUUGUUUUAUUUAUCUUUUUAAUUAUAUACAGACAUUUUUAUACAAUUAAAAUAAAAAGAACAAAAUACACAUUACAAAUUUGAAGCAAAAACACGCCGUCUAAAAGAUUGUCCUGUGGCAUUAUAAAGGAACUAAAGAAAAUUUAAUUAAAGUGACUUUUAUGUCAGUACAUAUUAUAAUAUAUAAGAAAUGUCAUCAAAAUACGAUAUCAUUUUUGAAUAACUUUACAAGCAACCGAUUCUGAUUAUAAGAUUCUAUCGAGAAGAACCGGUAUGAAACUCGAUAGUUACUCUUUCAUCGUCGUUACGAACAAUAGUGUCCGUCUAUGUAUCAUUAGACGUAAAUAUAUAAUAUGUUAUAUGAUAUAAAGAUAUAGAGGAUUUAUUGAACUUACGAUUGUAAAUAAAAAUAAGGGUGUAAUUACGAUAAAUUGAUGAAAAUAAUUUAAAUAUUUCCAAUAGUCCAUUCCAAUGGUAGAAUUUGUAAAAAUACACAAACCUUUACAAAUUCCAUGUGAUUCGUCGCUUGCGCUUCAAAUAGUUCUCGAUUAAUAUAUAUCUAUUUAUAAUACAAAAAAAAUCCCCUAAUUUUACUUCCAAAGUUUCGAUAAAAUUUCAAAAGAGCUUUGAUUUCGAUUCAGUAAUCGAAAUUCGAGAUGGCCCAGCGGUAAGAACGCGUGAAUCUUAACCGAUGGACGUGGGUUCAAACCCGGGCGAGCACCUCUGAAUUUUCAUGUGCUUAAUUUCCGUUUAUAAUUCAUCUCGUGCUUUUCGGUGAAGGAAAACAUCGUGAGGAAACCUGAUUGUGUCUAAUUUCAUCGAAAUUCUGCUACAUGUGUAUUCCACCAACCCGCAUUGGAGCAGCGUGGUGGAAUAAGCGCCAAACCUUCUCAAAAAGGGAGAGGAGCUUACCUUAGCCCAGCAGUGGGACAUUUACAGGCUGUUACUAAUCGAAAUUCAAUUGAUAUUCCCAAUCGAUGAGUGUUUUCAAAUUGACUAAUUGACCAGAUACGCUCUAACGAUGUUACCUACGUGAUUCUAUUUGUAAGUGAAAAAUUUUGGUGUACGGUUCGGAGAGGAAAGGUAUCGAAGUCAAUCAUUGAUUGGGUUUUAUUAAAAACUAGUAAAAGCCGCGGCUUUGCCAGCUUGGAAUGGUGUUUGUGGUGAAAAUUCGAAAUUUGCCGUUUUAACGUACGUAAUAUCUCAUCAUCAUCAUGUCAGCCGAAAGACGUUCACUGGUGGAAAGGCCUCCUCCAAGGAUUUCCAUGGUGGCCGGUCUUGCGCUGCCCGCAUCCAACGGCUUCUCGCGACUCUUUUUAUGUCGUCGGUCCUCCUUGUAGUGGGCCCGCCCAUGCUGCGUCUUCCGUUUCGUGGUCGCCACUCGAGAAUCUCUCGUCACUCGAGAACUCGUCAGCGUGAGAUUUGUUAUUGUAAGUACGCGUGAUCGGUCAGCUUCCACGCUUACACAUAAUUUCUCGUGAGUACCUCUCAUAAUUUUUUUUUUUUAAUUUCUAUAUCAAUAACGUUUUCGAUUAUUAAAAAAUGGUGAUGUUGAUAUUUUUUUAAUUGUUGCCAAUACGUCCAUAGACAUUGGCAUUGUAAGAAAUGUUAACCAUCGCUUACAUCGCCAAUGCGCCACCAACCUUGGGAACUAAGAUGUUAUGUCCCUUGUGCCUGUAAUUACACUGGCUCACUCAUCAUUCAAACCGGAAAACAAUAUCAAGUAUUGCUGUUUUGCGGUAUAACAUCUGAUGAGUGGUACAUACCCAGACGAGCUUGCACAAAGCCAUACCACCAGUACAUUAUAAUGACAGUGCCAUAUUAAGUAUGUAUCUGUUUUCUUUUUAAAUAUCCUUUGUAUAUAAGAUUGAAUACAAAUCUCUUUUCUAAUACCGGAUUCUGUGAUCUCGUGCUAAACGGGCCUAUAUCGAUAACCCAGUACUUACUAGUCGAUUCGAUGAGUAUUAUACUCAUACAAUUAAUAAUUAUAUAUCAGAUUAUGGUACGACACAUAUAUCAAACUUACACUGUGAGGCCUUCGCUUAGCUGUGGUAUACUUAUGGAUUACUGUCCUCGGUAACUGCCUCCUUGGUCCAGUGGCUUGAUGCAAGGCCGCAGACCAGGAGGCCCUGGGUACAAUUUCCAAGUCGGGCCAGUCUGGUUUCCAUAGUACAAGCUCUGCUCAGUUUGUGGCCGUGUGUGAAUCAUUUCCCAGGAUAUUAUUAUUGUUUCAUAAUCGGAUAUGAAUCUCAUUUCUAUCGCUACUAACGAUUUAUACGAACUGCCAAUAAAUAAAUUAACAUAAAACGCUUUAAUGAUAUUUUUGUAACAGUUUACAAUAAAAAUAUAAACAUUGAAAAAAAUUACAACUUAUUUUUCAAUAUGAAAAUUCAAACGACUUGUAGAAGAAAACGUCAAUUUGAAAUCUUUAUUUUUUAUCUGUUGCAUACGUUUAUUAAAUAAACAAAAUGACCCAAUGACAAAUACACAAUAUAUUAUAUAUAUAUGUAUAUAUAAUAUUAUGUAUUAGAAUAAGUACUUAGACAAUUGUAAAUAGUUGACUUUAAUAUCCUUUUAGUUUAAUAUACAUUUAGUUCUUAAGAUAUUUUUUCUUAAUUUUAAUGCGAUAAAUAUUAUCAUUAAAUUGUCAAUUUUGUUUUUUAAAUAGUUAAGUCACAUUGAAUUUUAAUACAAGUGUUGCAAUAUGAAUAAAUUACAAAACCCAACGAUAUAGUCUGUGCUCUAUAGCCUAACUAAAUAUUAUUAGUACAAUGAUCAUAGGUUAGGUUGUUUUUAGGAGAUCAGAAUCCAAAAGGUUAUGUUAUGGUUUUGAGGGGAAAAAUAUGCUGGACUAUUUUCGAAGAUGUUCGCUGAUUUUCUAGGUUCAAAUCUUGGGUAGGGCCAAUAAGAGAAAAUAUUACGCGAUGGUAGUAUCUUAGCUGUUAUAUACUCAUAGGUCCUGGACCUGGCCUCAGUAAUAUUGGAUUAUCUCAAGGGAUUAUAUAGGGAAAACAUGUUUGUUCACACACUUGUGCACUUUAAUAUCGUGAUUGCUUUAGCGAUGGAUAUAGACUUUUGUGAUGGGCUACUUAGCCGUUUAGUUGAAUAAAGUUGGGUGACAUUUUAGGUAACAGUAGAAGUAAAUAUAGAUUUUCUAAUAUGACUGUACCAGCAAAGUCGAAUUAUAAAACAAUUAAAGUGAGGUUAGGUAAGAAGGUUGGGGUCCAACGGUAACCAGGAUAGAGUCACGUAGAUUAUCAACGGUCGGAAAAAUUAUGAAUUUUACUAUUGUAAUGUAUUUGGUGUUUUUGUAAUACGAUGUCUAAACUUAACGCCAUCGUAGUACGAGAUAGAGUAUCAACAUUUAGACUUGUCAAAAUAUUUCAAAAUGAAGUUUGUCGACGUAAUAAUGGGCAACCAAUGUACACUUAUUUUUAUGUAUAAAUUAACUUGCCAUAUAAAAUUAACUAUUAUGUAGAAUCAACGUGAACUUUUUUAAAUAUUGUGUACUUAAUAUAUUUUUUUCAAUUGGCAACAUCACAGGGCGCGAUAAUAAAUGUGUCUUUUUAAAUUAGCUAUUAAAAUUCGCUUUGUAAUUAAUAUUAUUUUGUGAUAAUCUGUUAUAAUGUUUAUCGUAUAAGUAUGAUUGUUAUAAAGUAGUUGUAUGCACAUAAAACAAUAAAAAACAUAUCACAAAUAAGAAACACGGCUUUCCACGUAUUUAAAUGUUUUUGAAAUUAUAUAUAUAUAGUGUUAGUAUGUGCUUUGUUGAUUGUGGGAAAGGAGGCGAAAUAAUCAUUGUUCAAUUCGUAACUGGUAAGUCCACAGUCCAGAUAUUCUGAUGCCUCUAUUAACUAGGAAUUCCUUACGAGAAAAAUUGUAUAAAUAAUUUAAUUGUUAUAUUUAAUUUAAUGUCAAAUACGUCCCCUAGACAUUUUAGGGGAUUCCCAGACGUAAAUGCUACGUUCAUACAUACAAAUGUUGAUUAAAAAUGUACUUAUGUAUUGUACGUUUCAGUUGUUGGUCAACUGAAAUCGAAUCGUAUGAACCCGUUAUGAUAAUUUCGCAAUCCUUUCUUAAAUCAUUCCAAGCAACGCAAGUAUGCGUAACGAGGUAAUUUGUUAUAUAAAUAUAUUAUUAUAGUACAAAUCCAGCCUUUUAAAUGCCUUACAGCUGUAUUUAUAAGCGAAUAAAAUGUAUGUUUUAGAAA